AUGACGGCCGCGCUGAUCAGCGGCGUGGCGGGCGGAUGCGCGCAGGUCAUGUACAUUGUUCCCUUGAUGUGGCUUCGAACCAUCAUGGAAUACCAGUACAAGAAUGGGCACACCAUCAAAGAAGUGGCCAGCUCCCUCUACAAGGAAGGCGGCAUUCGUCGCUUCUACCGUGGCUUUGUGCCGGCCAUGCUGCUGGCGCCCACCGCGAGGUUUGGUGACACCGCUGCCAACGAGCUGGCGCUCUCUAGUCUAUCGCAUCUCGAGUGGCCUUUGGCCAUGAAGACCUUUUGUGCGUCGGUGACGGCCGCCGGCUUUCGCGUGGCCAUUUUGCCCUUGGACGCCUGGAAGGUCAUGAAGCAGGUGCAUGGCAAGGCUGGACUGGAGCAUCUCAUGCAGAAGGCGCGGCAGAAUCCCUUGGCGCUCUGGCAUGGCGGUAUGGGAGUGCUCUUCACCCAGGGCUUUGGCCACUACCAGUGGUUCUACACCAACAAUCUCCUCCGGGAAACCGUGCCCGAAUUCGACAUGAGGUAUGGGAAACACGUGCGGAACGCCUUCAUUGGAUUCACUUCCUCUGUGGUGGCCGACACCUUGUGCAAUCCCAUCCGGGUACUGAAAGUGAACCGACAAACCUCCUUAACCCGGACAGGCUACAUGGAGGCAGCACGCGGCAUCAUUACGCAGGAGGGUUUCCUGGGGCUUUGGUCGCGAGGUCUGAAGACUCGGAUCUUAGCCAAUGGUAUCCAAGGCUCUCUCUUCACAGUGGGCUGGAGAUACUUCAUGGACUUGUUUAAUGCAUUCAGGGCCGCAGCAUGA